AUGUCUUGUCUCUCCCAGCCCGACCAUCGGGGUAUCACCUCACGACCCAAACUCACCCUCCAAACUACAUCUCUGCCGCGCACCUUCGGCAGCUCAACCACCGGUCUUUCCCUCUCCUUCACGGCAGGAGCCGGCGCAUCACCAACGGUGCGCAACACCUUCAAGAAUGCCUACGAUGUCACAUCUCCAUCCUCCACAACAACCUCCCCCUCCAAGACAUCGACAUCCUCCACCCACCGAUUCAACAACAACAAACCCAUCUCUCCCUACGUCCACCACCCUCCCACCCACCCGUUCAGCUACCGUCCCUACCAGCUGCCCAUAGGAGUGCGCAGCAUCUUGCGAAACUCCCCACUUGAGUCAGCCCGGCGACGCUCGGGUUCCGUCUCCGCAGGCACCAGUGGGCCCGGCCCGGGCACUCGCCGUGUCUUCUUCCCCGCCAAGAAGCAAGUGAGCUACCGGCAACCACUCGAGGAGGAGAUUCACACCGAAACAUACACGGCGAAGCAUCUGGAUCUUAUCCACGAAGAGGCUGUGCACCAGGCACCCACGCCCGAGCCAACAGCCGACCCCGCCGAGGAUGACUCGGAUUCGGGCAGUGCAUCCCUUUCAGAAAAUAGCACCUCCGACGAAGGCAGCGCUGAUGAAACUGGGCUGCGCGAUGCCUCGCUCUCCAAGGUCGAGCGCAAGAAACGUCGCUCGAUGGGUGUUGAGCGGCAGGUGCGCGCUGUAGCUUUGCUAGAUGGCUUGGAGCCGGAUUACUCUUCCACGCCGCAGACGCCGAGGCAGGGUCGUGUGAAACGGCGGAGAGAGUGGAAGUGGACACUAGGACCGUUGCAUACGGAGUCUCAAAGUGAUGUUUCGGACUCGUCUCAGCGGACGCCGUCGGAAGGUUCUGCGUACACGCCGGAUGAACAGGCAGAAGCGCAAUCCGGCCACUGA